AUGACAGUUUCCAAAUAUCAUCCUCCUACACCUAGAGAAGUAGAAGUCACACUUGGGAAAGGUGUAACGGGGACUCUUGCAAUUCCACUUGCGUUUGAUUCCGAAAACCCAUUUGAAGAAGGAUUAGUCCCUGUAACUCAUAAAGCAGCAUUAAUCUUACAUGGACAAGGUGGUCAUAGAAAUUAUUGUUACCAAAAGACAUUGGCACAUAGAUUGGCCAAUGAAUUGGGUAUAUUUUCCCUUAGAAUCGAUUUUAGAGGAUGUGGUAAUAGUGCAGACAAUGCUAAUGAAUUAGAAGGUCGUACCUUGACUCAAGAUGUCGAAGAUAUCCAAUCAAGUGCCGACUUUAUUCGUGAUGGGAAAUUAAACGGUACUGGUAUUGAUUUAACCUUGUCGUCAAUUAUUUCACACUCACGUGGUGGGGUUGCCAUGUUUUUAUGGGCCCAAAUUCAAGAUCAAUUAGGACGAGCAGGUGACCCUAGUGCCAUAAUUGUCCCUAAUUUAGUUAACUGUUCCGCCAGAUUUACAUCACCAACUGUUUUAGAUAGAUAUGCCGGGUUAGAAGGGUUGGAUUUUAUCCCUGUAACCACAUAUAGACGUGGAUCUUAUCAACAGAUCAAUUUAUCAGCAAGGGAAAUUAUAUCUUUAUCGAAACCAGAUUUAAGUAAGUUGACGGACUUAUCACGAGACUGGUCAGUUCUCAGUGUUUAUGGUACUGAAGAUGAAAUCAUUCCCAAAUAUGAUAGUGCCAAUUUUGCCAAUGCGUUAAAUAGAGGUCCAUUAUCACAUACAUUGAAAUUGAUUCCUGAUGCUGAUCAUAAUUUUUAUGGCCACAAGGAAAUAAAGGCCGAUGAUGAAUUACAUGAACUUAAUCCAUAUAAUUUACCUUUGAAAAAUGGCAAACGAGUAAACUAUAAUUAUUUGGUCACUGAUUAUAUAAUAGACUUUUUAACUCCAGAAAUGGAAUUACAAAGAUUUAUUGCCACCAGUAGAGAUAUUGGUAGAGUUGCUAGAUGGAAAAAUGUUGAUGGAGUCAGUAAUUUUAGAGAUGUUGGUGGCUGGAGAGUUCAUGCUCCCACUUUCAAAUUAGAUACAAUCAAAGGGUCCGCCAAUAAAAACCAGAAUCAAGAUCAUUUGGUAUAUUAUGUUAAACCACAUUUUGCAUUCAGAUGUGCUAAUAUUGCUGGGUUGACUGAAACUGGACUCCAAACUUUACAAAAUUUAGGUAUCAAGGCAAUAUUUGAUUUACGUUCCGAUGGAGAAGUUAAAAAUGAUGGAUAUCCAGAUAAUUUAUCGAAAUAUGGUAUUGAAAGAAUCCAUUCUCCAGUUUUCUCUAAUGAUGAUUAUUCACCACAAGCCAUAGCUAUCAGAUAUACAAAUCUUAUGACUUGUUGGUCAACUUAUGUCAACGUUUAUGAAGACAUGUUAGAAUUUGGAAUUAAUGCCUACAAGACAAUAUUUGAGUAUAUCAGGGACGUAAACCAACCAUUUGUAUUCCAUUGUACUGCUGGUAAAGAUCGUACUGGUAUGCUAGGAAUGUUGAUCUUAUUACUUGCAGGUGUUGAUAGAAACACUAUCGCAAAAGAAUAUGAAUUAACUACAGUUGGAUUGAGACCAGAUCAUCCUGUCUUGAAAGGAAAGUUUGAAGAAACAGUAAAGAAAUUGCGUGAAAAAUUGGGUGAUGAUGGAUCUGGAGGCAUUGAACAAAUAAUUUCUCAAGGCAGGAAGAAUUGGAGUAUUGAAGAAGAUGGGUUCCGGAAUUUAGUCAGUUCAAGAUAUGAAGCCAUGUUGGCUACUAUUGGUUUAUUUCAUGAAAAAUAUGGGGGGAUUAUCCCUUAUUUGAAAGAUAAAUUGGGUUUCACCAGUGAUGAUAUUUUGAAAAUUUAUCAAAACAUAGUUGUUGCAGACCCACAAAACAUGGGAUUUGAAACUAGUGCACAAAUAAAUUGGGAUCAUAGAACUACAGAAAGAGCCAAAUUCUAG